AUGACUGUCUCUGGCUCAGCUGCUGAGCUAGCUCAAGGUAAUGAUGAGCUACCUAAUGUGACAAACCAGGAAAUAAGCAUACAAGUUGCUAAUUGCUUAGGUGAUAAGCAGGCUCAAAUACCAGUACCUGAUUCAAGUUUUGUUAAAUCUACUGAUUAUGAUGACGUUACUUCAUCAGAGAGUGAGGAAAUUUUAAUUAUAAAUGAAGAUUUAGAUUGUAAUAAAAGUGAUGAAGCUGAAGAUAGUGAAAGAGACAAACUUGAUGCUCAAGAAACUGAUAUAGAUAAUAAAAAUAGCCAGGAGUCAAUGGAUAUACAAAUACACAGUGAGCCGGAUAUGACAGCGGAAAGCCCUGAAUUAGACAUUGUAAUUGUUGGUUGUGUUUCUAAAGACGAUUCUAAAGCUGGUGACUUAUCAGCUAAUUCUCAAAACAGUUUUACUGAAAUCACACCUAAUAAUCCCUGCUCUGAUGAUCCAGAGUUAAUUAUAACUGAAGAAAACCUAGCUGUCAAAGAAGGGAAUAAAAAUAUUAGCCUGGAUACAUUUAGCUUCAAAAAUAUUUUACGGCAAUCCUUUACAAAUAAGCCAACCGAAGCAACGGAAGGAUCAAGUCAUGAGGAAAUGGAAACAGAAAACAAUGAUCUCUUUGAAAAGAGUUCAACACAUGCUGAAGGUGUUGUUGAUAUUCAACUAGACAAUAAUGAAUCAACUCAAAUUGAGUUAAAACCAGAAAGUAUCAGAACACGUGCUUUAUCUGAGGAUGGCUCUUCUAGUUUCACAAAGAAAGCUAAAUCGGAAGAUCAGCUUUCAAGUGAAAACAAAAAUAUUACAGCUGAAGCCAAGGAAACAAAAUACCAAGAAUCUCCAAUUCAACUGUCAUGUGAGGCACUACAAACCUUUAUUACUGCUCGUGUAAAAGCAUUCAUAAGAAAUCAAAAACAAGUACACAUAGAAAAACUAAACAAGAGAACAAGAAAUAUGCAGACUGCCAGUAACUUGUGGAAAGAAACUGCUAAACAUCUUGAGAGAUCGGUGAUGGAACUUUCUCUUCUUAAUCAAAAACUUGAGAAAAGAAAAGCUCAUUCGCAUACUGUAAAGCAACUUGCUUCGAGGACCAUUGGGAUACAAGUCAAUGAAGAUAAAGUUAAAACUGUUACAUCUACCGUUAAUGGAUCUCCAAAUAAACAAUUAGAUACCGUGCAAUCAAGUGUUUCUGUAUGUUUACCUCCGUCUGUGUUACAGAAUCCCCCACAGCAAAUUCAUUCCUCUAUUAGACAACCUCAAACUCAGGGAAAAACGAAUACUCUUCGUAUGCCAAAUCGCAACUCAGCUCCACCCCACCCGCAAGGCAUACAAACUUCACCACGGUUUGGAAGACCAAACCAACAAUUCUCACCCCGUGCUCCAGCAAACAUAUCUCCCAGACCACAAUCUUCCUCACUAAAUAAGUCUGUUCAACAGGCAAUCAGAGGUUCUCUUACAUCGCCAGCCACCAACAAUGUGGUUAACUUGAUUGAUUUAACUGAUGACGAUGAUGUUUCAAGAAAAGCACUUCGAGCUCCUACACAAUCAAAUACACAAACCACAAACAUUGGUGCUGGUAACAAGACUUAUCCAGCAACAAAUGGGUUGAUUCACAAUGUCCCCAUGUCAACUGGCACACCUGUUAUGUUGAACACUAACAACCAGCUUUUGGCCCAACCUUUAAACAAUCAACAGUUUAUUACAUCUAACAAUGGACUUCCAGGAGCAUCGUUCCAGCUGCUCCCAAUCAACACUAAUACAACAGUAAACCGUCCUCCUGUACUUGCUUUAUUGCCUGGGGCCAGAUCUAGUGGACCAAUCAAUUCUUCCAUUCCAAAUGCACAGCUCACAUCGCCUAGGGGUGUGUUGUACAAUAAUUCAUCAGCUGCUGCACCUACAAAAACUCAUAGUUUGCCACCAUCUUGCCAUAUAAGUAAUAAACACCCUGCACCUUUACCCACAAAUCAAGAUGCUGGUAAUGCACCACCAAAUGCCAAAAACCGUCCUCCAAAACCUGGUCUUAAGAUCUCACGUGUGUCACAAGGAAUAGUCUUAUCAUGGAACAUGCCCUCUUUGGUGGAGGUUGAGAAAAUUUCCUCCUACCAACUUUUCGCAUACCAGGAAACUGAGUCAUCAGUUCCCAAGUCUAAUCUAUGGAAGAAGGUUGGGGAUGUGAAAGCUCUCCCACUUCCCAUGGCUUGUACUUUGACACAGUUUCAGGAGGGUAACAAAUACCAUUUUGCAGUUCGUGCUGUGGACCAGUACGGCAGAUGUGGCUCUUAUAGUGACCCAAGUUCUAUUUUUCUUGGACCUAAAACAUAAGACUACGAACAUAAAUUUUCUCUGUGUAAUAAGCAUUUUCUAUUUUUUUUUUCUCUUCUAUUUUUGACAACUGGUUUGUAUAAGCUACUUUUAAAAAGAAGCCGAGUUCUGGCAUUAUUUUUUUCAUCUUGAAUAAUGUAUUUACUAAAUCUUCAGUAAUUGUAAAUUGGGUUGUUGGCUGAGCAGGAUGUUAUUGUAUAUAUUAGUUAUUUCAUUUGUUUACCUCAAUGGUUGAAAUAAUACGAUUUGAAAUAAUGAGAAUGUUUUAUUAUUACUUUCCCAAUGGCAUAUGAGUUUGAGAGUUUUGUGGAGAAAACCAAUAUUUAUUAGUGACAAUGUUAUAUGGUGAUUGCAUUGGUUGGUUUCUUUUAUGAAACUGUUUUUAUAAUGAGCAUCAAUAUUAAAGACCAUAUCUUAUACUUAAACAAGUGUGUUUAACAGCAACGGUAAAACAUUUUGCUUUCGGUGUAGAUUUCCUUUAAACUUAUUAUUGCAUCUUUGUUUUGUUGUCAAUAACUACUGUAGGCCUACUGUAAGUUAUUAAAUAAUUUCUACAUGGUGGAUUAGUCAUGUGGAUUAUUUGGUAAUCCUAGAGCUUUAACUUAAAGAGGUUUUAAGACUGUGUGACUUAGUUGUGUUUGGCUCUGUCUAGUAAUUGUUCUUUUAUGACUGGAUACUGACAAUGACAUUGUGUUUGGGCUUAAU